AUGCCUUUCACGAUUGGCGACUUCGAGGACCGCUUCAAGAACCUGGUGACAACUGGCGUCUACUUGAUCACGCUGCCCAACCAGCUGCAUGUCACCAUCACAGGUGUGGACUUCCUUUCCCUGGUGAUCUCAAUGCCCAAGCAGGGCGGCGAGACGGGCUACUGCGGGAACUUCAACGGGGACCCAGACGACGACGCCGAGCCCGUCGUGCCUCAAUGGGACAAGCCCGUGGGCCCCAACCUUGAGGACUUGCCUCCGGCCCAGCGGCUCUUCUCCAAUGAGACGGUGCUGCUGUUGCUUGGGGAGGAGGCGGUGCGGACAGAGGCCAGGUCCGAGGAGGAAGAGAUGAAGCACAAGUUGAAGCGUGUGACCGAAUGCCCCAAGGUCCUACUACAGAAGGCAGAGGAGGCCUGCAGUGGCCUUACCGAGGCCUAUCACAAGUUCUGUGUCUUUGAUGUGUGCCUCAGUCAGAACUUGGCGUCCGCGAAGUCGGUGAGUGCUGCUGCGGUGAUCCAGCAUAAGAUGAAUGCCCGAGGGGUACCGAUCUUCAUGGGUCAUGGGCGAUGCAUGGACAGCCAGGGCCGCGGCUACUUCAGCUACCCCACCAAGCUUAGGACCGACACCGCGUGUCAACAAGUCUUGCGGACCCUGAGCUUGACCGAUGGCGUCAUGGGAGCUCAGCUGAAACGUGGUGGCUUUUGCGAGGUCUUAACGAUGAAAGAGGUGGAUCCGACCAACGUGGCCAUCCCGGGUGGCUGGGGCCUCCCGGCCCAGCCGACCCCGGAGGAGGACGUCCAGAUCGCCAUGGCGCCCGAGGUGGUGCGAGCGAGCGCAGCGAAGAAUGCGGCGCAUGAGGCGGAGGCUGUGGAGGGGCAGAAUGUCGAAGGAGACCGGGAUGCGAGGGUGGUGGUGUAA